CAUGCGACUUCUUUCCAGCCAAGGCAUGCAAAGUAUAUAUGGAAAUCCAUGACUGUCCGCUGCCCUAAACUUUUACAAUGAACUAUAUAUAUGUUGAUUUACUUUAUUAUUUACGUACAAGUAUGGAUCCUAGCUGUAGCUACUAUCUUGAGAUACUAUACCCAUUACCAACAGAAUACCAUACGUUUCACAUCUCAUAUGGAUUAUCUCGACUGGAAUACAACAUUCCCUUCUAUAACUGUAUGUGAAAUAGCUAACACAGAUAAAAUAAAUGCGCUAACCGCAGCCGAAGAUGGACACAAGUUGGACAGAUUCAUUUCAGACGUCGCUUUCUUCAGCGGAACAUGUUACAGUUGUAUAUCUUCUUGUGAAGAAUCUGAAAGUUGUUUAAAAGACUUUGAGGUAAUAAGCUCGUAUUACCGCACGGUAUGCCAAGAUUUAUUCGUAAACUGCAAAUGGAACGAUGAGCCAAUUAACUGCUGCAAACAUUUCAAACCCAUUCAAACGGAAUACGGAUUAUGCUUUUCAAUAAAUAACAAACAUACACAAGGUAAACAAUAUCUACGUUUCGCUUCUACAAGGAAACGGCAAAUGGGAGCGCUAGAAAUUGUUGCGUCACAAGAUUAUGAGGCUUUCCUCCAUUCUUCUGAAGAUGUUCCUUUUUGGAAUAUGGAAUACGAUCGUAGAAUCACAGUCAUAUAUGGGUCAGAAGCUUCAAUGAUAUUUUCCAUAAUGGACGUUGUGAAUGAACCAGAAGUCUCAUUAAUAGCCCCAGAGGUUCGUAAUUGUCGCUUCCCUCACGAGGUCCCAGACAAUUUUAUUGCUUACAAUCACUACAGCUAUUCGGUUUGCAUUAUUCAAUGCCGCAUCGAGGCCCAGCUUGACAUGUGUAAUUGCGUACAUCACAUGUCACCAAGCACGUAUAAAAAUCGUUUUUGUGACCUGGAGGGAUUGAAAUGUUUAACUCGUAAUUAUAAAUCUCUGAGAAAACUGAAAGUGCCAGCCGUGAACGAAACCGGUUUAGAGUGUGAUUGUUCACCGUCGUGCACUGAACCAGAUUACAAUGUUGUUUCUAAGAAACUUAAAGAACCAAAUAAAGAUCUUCAAGCAGGCGCUGCAGUUUUCAUGUUAGGAAACAGGCCUUACCAAAGAAUGACCAGACAAGUGGCCCGUACGACCUUAGAUCUCGUUGUAGCAAUGGGAAACGUUUUCGGUCUUUGUUUCGGUGGUUCGUUGCUCUCCAUCGCAGAAGUGUUGUACUAUCUGUGUUUUAGAAAAUGGAAAUAUACUGCGGAAAAAUAA